AAGUCGAGUUUUAUACAUUAAGUUAUAAAAUAACUGCAUAAGCACAAUGGCUACUGAAGAAGCUCUUAUUCCGAUUGAUAUUCAAUGCAACAAACUAGUGGAUUGGUUGGUUGACAGAAGACAUUGUAACAUUAAGUGGCAAAUGGCUGCAGAGGUUGUCAAGGAAAAAAUAUCCAAUGCUCUUCAAGACAUGCCCAAUACAGAAGAAAUGCAAAAACUUCUUAAAGGUUCAUGCUUUCAUUACUUUAAGUGCGUGAAGAUUGUCAGUGUUUUAAAAGACACGGAAAAAGAGAGCAAGAAUAUUUUCGGAAUGUAUUCUUCUAAACGAAUGAAGGAUUGGCAAGAAAUUGUUAAAUUAUAUGAGAAAGAAAAUCUUCACCUUGCUGAGUUAUCAAGCCGAUUAUUGCGCAAUCUAAAUUAUGAAAUUCCUGCAAUUAAAAGACAAAAAGCAAAAUGCCAUCAAAUACAAGAGGAAAGCCGAAAAAAAAUUCAAGAUUGUGUUCGAAACACUCAAGAAGUGAAGAGACAUUACUCUGAAGAAUGUAAGAAGGUCGGAAUUGUUGGGAAAAAUGUCCAACGCGAACUGCUGGAGUUGGUAAGAGAUUUACCGAAAGAAUUUGAUGAUAUCGCUGCUCAGUGUAAAGACCUCUAUCCAGUGUUGGAAUAUUACAUUGCAUUUGUGGAGUUUUCACUUGGAAGCAAUUCAUUUUCGGACGAGAUUCUGCUUUUGUUACGUCACUUAAGCACGCUUGGUAACACAACAGUGUACCAGUGGAGAACCGGGAAUCUCCCUGAUAAGAUACUGAAAGAAGAUAGUUUGAAAGAUAAGAAUAUCAAGGAAGAAGAAAGUGAGGAGAUUGACUGGGGCAUCUCAUUUGAUCCUGAUCCCGUUGAAGAUGCUGUGAUUGAUUUUGAUGUGAGCACUGAAGAUCUUGGUAUCGUGCUGGAGACAACAGGAUGCGGGAAGGAACAAGAUAACGGGUUUGAAAUACUCAACAAAGAUGAUAUGCAGAGCUGGGACAUUGAAGAAGUAAGCGUUGCUGAGGUGCCCAAUGGCAGUAAACUCGAUUCAACUGAAAAAGUGGCAACCGGAGAUGACGCAUUAUCUGUUCUUGAGUUUGUAAAGACAAGGAAUCAAUUUGUGAAUGAACUUCUUGAGUUAACUGGAUUUCUUUCGCAACGACUAGCUGAGACUCAUUGUGAAUCUGAUGUCCUGUCAAUCAACCAGUUUCAGGAGGCUCCACCCAUUUUACAGCUAACAUCUUCAUGCGAGCUAGAGAGCAUGUUGGUACAAGUGACAUCUGUAUAUAACAGUCUCACUUCAAACAGGAUGACACAGCUGUGUAGGAUUUUAGAUUCCCCAAAAUUCGUGGAAAGAGUGGCAGACACAUUAAGUAGACGCUUGGCACUAACAAAAAAAUAUGAAAACCAAGUAUCCGUGCAUGAGGUUAGCAGCCAUGAAGCUACAACGGAACUUAAUUUGCUUCAUCCAAAGUUAGCCCUGCUAGUUGAUGAAUGUAAAGAAUGGAAACAGCUGGUUGAAAAGGAAAUAUCAAAACGAUACAAGGACAGACCUGUUCAUUUAAUGGGCGCAAUUAACUUGUUAUAAGGCCUUGAAUACUGCAGUGUAUUUGCACAAAUUUAAACUUUGAAUUACAUUUGACCAUUAUUCAUGUUUCAAUAAUAUUAUUAAAAACUUAAUAUUUUGUUCCAUGUAAAGCAGUGAUAAAACCCACAACCUAGCGCAUUUAACCCACAACCUAGCGCAUUUAAAUAAAAUUCCGCUCUGCCAGAUGUUUUUAGGUAAUAUUUCAUUACCCCAAAUCCUCUAAGGCUACAUUUUUGUGCAACUGUUUCUACCUUGUAUCGAAAACAAAUUGUCCAGCUUUAGUGGUUUAAGACGCAUCUAAAUAAUGUGUGCACGAUUUGUAUUUUAUGCAAGUUCUUGGUUUUAUGUGUUAGGAAAUCGAUUUGCGACUUAAUGUUUUAGGUGCAAUAUGUUUGUUUGUUUUGCAAGAUGUGUUUGGUAAUGGAAACAGAAUAUAUUAAAGACCAUAAA